CGGGCGGCCCGGCCCGUCCGGUGCCGCCAUGAAGGAGCCGGCGGCCGAGGAGGAGGUGUUGCGGGACUACCUGGCCUACUACGCGGGCCGGGGGGCGCAGGGGGAGCUGGCGGUGUGCGACGAGGCCUCCCUGAAGGCGCGGGCGCGACGGCUGCUGGGCCCGCGGCGGUGCGGCGCCCUGGACGUGUGCAGCGUGGCGGAGCGGUGCCGGCGGGCCCGGGGCGAGCGGGGCGGCAGCAGCGUCUUCCGCGACCUGCUCAAGGCGCUGGAGGUGCUGGAGCUGCUCUGCGUCAACCUGCUCCUCUCCCCGUGGCGGAAGGAGAUCAGGUCGCUGAAGACGUUCACCGGUAAUUUUGUCUACUAUAUUCAAUCUGUGCUCCCAGAUGACAUUGUAAAAACAGUACUGGAGAAAAUAGGUUACAUUGCAACAACAGCAACAGAGUUUUCACUUGUCAAAAAGAGAAACAAUGAGGAAACAAAGCAGACUGCAUUUGAAAUAUUCCUGGCAAGAAUUGAGUGUGAAACCAUCCUUGAAAUGACAAAUGAAGAAAAACAUGGCAAUUUGGAGAAGACCCUACAGAAGAGAACACAAAUGCACCAGCAUCAUGGAGAUAAGGACAAAGAGGAUCAGACACCCCAGAGAGAAGACACUGAAAAUCUAGAAAAUAAAGAAAACAGUGAGACGUCUUUGUGCCUUGCUACUCAACAGAAGUCUUCAACUAAUAGCAAUAUAUCCUUUGAAGCUGCUGGGAAUCUGAAGAUCAAAGAUGAUAUGCCUCAGUUAGCAGUUGCUCAAUCCACUAACAGGCUUCAGGAACACCAGAGGCAGGCCAUUAACACUGUACAUUUUCCAGGCAAAUGCUCAGACAGCGAGGACUUCUUGAUCAAAUAUAGUGACAUUGUCAUAAGACAAACACCUAUUUUCAGUGAUAAUCUUUCUCCAAAAGCUUUUGAAAAAAAGUCAAGAGCCAGUCUAAGUGAAGAAUGUGUUUUGGCAGUUGCCGCAGAGUCAACUGCAAAUGAGAUCAGGCCUGUGCCACUCUCACCAGGAGCAAGCGGUCCGCCAGCCUUUGCAAUAUUUGCUGACAGCUCUUGUGACAGCAAGAACACGUUGGAGUACAAAGCUCAAGAAGUCCCCAAAGAAUCAAUUGAAGCAGAAAUUAAUGAUGCCAUAAAUUGCAUAGACCCGGACCCUGCAGAUGAACCCAAUGAGCUCAAGUCUCUGCCGUACAAGGACAUUGCAUCUGUCCAAAACUGCAGCAUCCCUAGGGAGGAGGAAGUUUGUGAGCUGUCUUUAACCUUCACAAAACUACAAAUCAAGGACACUCAAGAAGACCUUAUGUAUCCAGUAGAGGAAACUGGCCAACCUGAGCCAGUAUCAUAUGCAAGUACAAGUGACAGGCAUGUAAGAGAAUUUAAUCAUUCCAAAAUAAAACAUACAUAUCUGACUAAUGCUCAGAUGCAGAACAGAGCAGCUGCACAUACUGAGCCAUCUUCAGAUCUAUGCUGUACUGCUGGGAACAUGGAAGAUCCCACUACUGGUUCUGAUAGCAAGAGACUAUUAAUGGAUACUCCUAAUGCACAUACAGCCUCUGAGUGCUUCAGACACAUUAGAGAGCCCCCUAACCUCACCUACAUUCCACCACAAAGUAUUGAUGUUCGGUCUUCACGCCUAAGAAGGACCAGCGCACAGGGCAGAAAGAACCUUUUGCAGCCUGAAUGGGACUCUCCCAAAUCCAGUGAAGUAAAGCUGGAGAGCUAUAAUUCAAAAGUAAAUGAAAUCCAGGAACCUUAUGUCAUUAUUGACAAAACUGACCAAGGAAUGUUAUGCCAUCACACUUGAUACUACCAGUGCUUUAUUUGUAAUCUGCCUGGGUUUUUUCCUCUCACUUGUGGCCUUCAUCAUCUUUUCAAGGACAUUAUUAGCUUUGUCAAAAAGGUUUAAAAAAAACAAAACAAAACACAAAACUACCACUGCUUUUGGACAGUAAAAAAGGGAAGUAGUUGAUCAAAUUCUUAAUGGUCCCUUCUCAUGUGGAACCUUUGGCGCUGAAACCUGAAUGGUCACCUUGCAACUUCCAUAAAUCUAAAUCCAUUUAAUUCAUUAGCCAGAUGCCUUCUGGCUGUACUUAAUGCCAGACAGCCUUCUUCAGUUAAACAUACUUCUACCCCCCCCCCCCCCCCCUUUUUUUUUUUUUUUUGCUUUACGGACCUAUUCCUGGUAUAUUCUUCGAGUAUAGCAUGCUGUACAAUGGUAAAAACAGGUAAAUGUUUCUAAACUGGAAAACCCAACUUUAUAACUUUACAAAUGCUAUACUGGAGUGUACUUCUGUUAACUCAUUACAUUCCUAUGAAGCUUUGCUCUGAACUAAUCUUGCUCCUGUUUUCAGUUGAAAAUUAAGUUUAGAAAGUUUGGUGACAUUCCUUUAGGUGUAAAGAAGGAAACAGCCCAGUGAACACUUUUGGUUUUAUAGAGGCAAUAACCUGUAUUACAGGUUUUAUACCUGUCUCAACUUGUUACCAAAAUUUUUUGUGGCUACCACCACAAAUUUCUAGAGAAGCACUGAGCAUCAUAAUGGUUCACUGCUACCAGAAGAGGGAGAUCUAGCUACUGCUGCCAUUUCCCUUGCCCCUGUUCCUGCCACUUAACUGUGUACCAGCUUUGGAGUUCACUGGACUUUUCUGUAAGCCAGUUCAUCUCACUAAAAUGAAGGGAAAAAACAUUCCCUUCUACAUUCUCUGCCAUUUUAGUGGCAGGAAAAAAAUGAGAUCAGCAAAGGGUCCCAGUGAGCAUUAGAGCCAGGAUAAGGGAUGUCCUGUAGGUGGGACUGCUGUGUGAAAAGCAUUGUGCUGUGAAGGAAAGCGAGCAGUAUUGUUAGAUCAGAUCAGCUUUAAGCUAGAGUCUCAGCAUUGAGAAACUCUGUCAUAUACAACAUUUAAUUAAAUUUAGAAAAGCACACAGUCACUUGUACUGUAUUUCAGCAAAAUCUUCAAUGCUUCUUCAUACACUUGUUACCUGGAAAGACAGUUUAAUACUGCUUCAAGUUAACGUUUCCAGUAGCACUUCAAUGCUAAGAAUGUUUUGUUGUUUCUUGCAUAGUUAAAAUACUAUAGCUGAAAUUAAUUUAGUAUAAAUUGUUUAUAAUUGACUUUCACCCCCCCCCCCAAAAAAAAAAAAUUCAAAGAGGAGCACAUGGAUUACACUAGAAAAACCCCAGGAGCUAAAAU